AUACGAAUCGGCGGAGACCUGCCUAUGGAACUGACAAACGAGUGCUGUAUGACAGCCAUAUACCUACUGAAUCGUACUCCAACAGAAGCCCUAGAUUGGAGAACGCCGUAUGAGAUUGUACAAAGACACAAGCCAACAGUGGCUCACCUAGCCGUCAUUGGAUUCAGAGCAUACGUACUGAACACCAAGUUGAAGCUUGUAGAGAAGCUACAAUCACGGGACUUGGUAGGACAGCUAGUUGGCUACGACUCUACGGAC